ACCCUCACCACUCAAUCCGUCCAAUAUCACGAUUCACAAAAGAAGUGCUAACUCCACAUCCUGAAGACUAAAAUCUUGUCGCAAUCAGGUAUACUUUCUUUCAUUUUUCCUGAAUAUCGCAAAAGUAGUUACUCUACGUAGGGAGAAAGCAGAAGAACAUACGGAGUUCUUUUUCUUUUCAACCAUUGGAUCGUAUCUCUCGAGUGAACAGGAGGACGUGACGACUAAGCAAUAAGAAAAAGGAACGGCAAAAGACAAACCGGAACCUUGGAAACAAGAUAUCAGAUCACCCUCUUUAUAAUUCCCUUUUUUUGAUUCAUUUCGUCUUCACGGAGUACUUCCCUUUGCCCGCAUUCUCAAAUUAAUAUUACAUCCAUCCAAUCCAAUCCAAUCCAACCUUUACAACAAGCCAAACCUCAUCAUCGUCUCUUCCUCUUCAUCCUUCACACGCCUACAAUUAUUUUGUUUGUGCGACCUCGACCAAUCCACGAAACCAAUUGCAGAAAAGUCUUAGUCGGCGGGGUUGAUCAUCCAAAACACUCACACACUCAAGCACAACACAUCAGGGCAACUGAAGCGCCACAUUCUCACCCCUCGACUUAUUAACCCUACGACCGAUUACCCCAUAUCUACUUUGUUUCGUUGCCUCACUACUACUCAUCAUCACAAAACAAAACACCUGCAAAACAUAAUUCGAUCCUUUUGGCUGCAGUCAGAUAUUCACUCUGCAGCUAUCCGUCGACUACCUAGCCAUUGGUAGCCAGCCUUAGACUUCCAAGACCUGCAUCCUUGAGUUCGGGCAUUUUAUUUUACGAUUUUAAUGUUUGUUACCACCACUUCCGCCUAUUGUACAACUUUUAUAUCUGUCUUGAGGGAUUGAGCUGGCAGCGGCGUUCAUAACAUCUUGAUUAGCUAACUGUUACACUGCUUUUCCGCUAGACCAAAAUUUACGAAAAAGCUGACAAUAACAAUCUCGAGUCAAAUCGAGUCCAAAUUUUUGGUGGCCAUUUCGAGUCAUCAUUCCGCCCACUUUCUACUCUUAUCUGUCGCUACAUCAACCGCAACUUCAAAGGUUUUCAAAUAAAUCGAAAAUCAUACACCUGCAUACCAAAUAAUACUAUUUCGAUACAAAAAUAAUCAAAAUGAGUGACCGAUACACCAGACAUACACGACCAAGGUCACCAACUUACAACCCUGCGCGGGCCAGUCUCCCAGUUGACUUGUCGUACAACAAUCAUUCCUCGGGAUCACAUUCUCACCAUCAUCAUGUCGUACCCUUAUCUCGACACGAAAAUCCUCGAAGCAGCAGCUCAAGCUUUAAUUCUUCUAAUGUCCCGAUUACUACCACAACAUACAAAGUCAAACCUGAUCAUCGUUCUGGUAGUCGCACUCGCAGCAGUACGGUUGAUUCUCGACCUAAUGCUCAUACCGUUUUCACCUCAAUUCCGAAGCAUCCAGCCGUUGUUCAUACUUCGAGUGUGAGACCUGCCAGUCCAUCCAUCAAGAAUCCAUAUCGCUCUAGCCAAGAGGAAUAUUAUACAAUUCCAGCUUCAUCUCGAAAUGAUAGAAGUUCUCACCACCACAACAGAUAUAGUGCUUCUAUGGAUAAUGCCGAUGUGAGCAGAUUGACCAGAGAAUCCCAAGGACAUAGAGACCCAAGUCAUCUCCGAAUUGGUAUUCCUGGCAGCAGGGACAUUCCAUCGUAUGUUCCUACCCCAACAACUUCUUCAUCAUACAUACCUACCCCAAUAACUGCAUCAACGUAUACCCCACUAUCUACUCCAGCAUACGCCACAACCACAACCACUAUUACCAAACCUCGUGGACCAAUAUAUACAGGAAACCUGGUACGACACCCUGAUACCGUUGCAGAUGAUUAUGGUGAAGAUGGUUACGGAUAUACAAAUCCUAAAGAUUUGGUUCAGUACGAUUUAAACAAUAGCAAUCCAAGACAUUCACGUAGGGAAAGUUUUGAUACUAGAUCAGCUAGACCCUCUAGUGCUAGUAUGGCGGGUUCCACUGGUUUUGGUGAGACUGUUCAGUCCCCAAGAUCCUAUGAUACUAGAGAGCGUGGCCCACCACCAACUACUCGUGGAUUUGACAGAAUUCAAUCAUGGGAUACUCAACCAGCUGCCGUUCGAAUGCCCGUUCCUCAUGUCGCACCUAUUGAACCAAUUCAACGACCAAUACGCAUAGAUCCACCUGCGGGAUACGAGAGUGAAGGAUCUCAACGACGAACUUCUACCAGGCGCCCCGUUUCUACGUACCAGGAGAGAGACAUCAGACAUAGCCCUAGAGAUGAAUAUUAUGGACCACGAGAUGAAGAAAUGCGAGAGCGAAGACCACAGCAUAGACACGAGAGAUACGACGAUACUGUUGAGCAACGUGGUUUUGGAUUGCGUCCUGAGAGAACAGAAAGACCAGCCAGUCGAAACGAGAGAUCAGAAAGACCGGCCAGUCGAGCCGAAAGAUCAGAAAGAUCAGAAAGACCAGCUAGUAGGGCAGAAAGAACAGAGAGAAGUGAAAGAAGUGAGAGACACGAAAGAUCCGAUAGACACGAUAGAUCCCCAAGAAAUGAACGUGAGGAUGAUCGCCGCGAGAAGAAGUCUAGUACCCAGGAGAAGAUUGCAACAGGACUUAGCAUUGCUUCUGCUGCUCUUAGUCUGGGAGCUAUGGCAAAUACUAUGAUGCCCGAUGACCGUGAUGAUAGAGAUGAUGAAAGAAGACGCAAGGAUUACAGCGAUGAUUCACGCAGAAGACGUGAGCGUGUUGACUCUCGGGAUUCCUCUGAAUCUGAUAGGCCAGAUCGCAAGGAAAGGAGCGGGAGAAUUCAUCACGAUGAGAGAGAAUCUGGAGAAUCACUUGGUAGAGAACCCAAGGAGAGACUUCACAGAGAUAAAGGUGAAGUUACACCACCAUUACCUCCACGUCCUCGCGAAGAAGAAGGUUUACCUCAACCGAGAAAAGAAAGAAGUCGAGAAGAAAUUUCUCCCGAUCCACAUGACGUUACUAGAGAUGGCAAAGAUAAACGAUCGCCAGACAACGAUUUUGUCGAUUUAACUGGUCGCAAUCCUAAGGAAAAAUUAAACUCUCAAGAUGAUCGUCCUCGUAGUGACGUAGCAUCAACCGGUGCUACUCAGGAUAUUCAUUCAGACACCUCAGAUGAAGGAACAAAUCAUCAUCGAAGACCUAGACGUAUAUCUGGAGCUUCAACUGCACCAUUUAAUCCUAGAGAUACUAUGGAUCUAAAAGCAUUGAAAGCUGCACUUGCUGAUCAAGAUACUCCUGCUGAUAAAGAGCCUGUACCAGUAUUGGCUCCUAAACAAUCUGCUCAAGAACCUACUUUGGCACCAGCCAGUAAGCCACUUGGUAGAAGAUCUAUCACCAAAGAUAUGAGUGAGGUAGCGGAAUUGAGAGCUGAACUCAACCGUGAAGAGCGAGGUCGACGUGAACCAUUGGCACCUACAACAGGUGAAAAUAAACAACUCCGAGUCGUUUCACCACCAAGAGAGAAAGUUGAAGAGAAACCUGAAAAACCUGCCAUCAAGGGUAUUUUAAGGCAACCACGUGAGAAGUUUCCGGAGGAUCCCGCUCCAAUUCGUGAAGGUGUUGCUCCAUUGAAAGAUGCCAAGAAAGAUGGUGUACCUCCUGAUGCACGCUGGACUAAGAUUGCUAGAAAGUUGGUUAAUCCAGCUGCAUUAGAAGUUGGCAAGGAAAGAUUUGAAGCUAGGGAUGAUUUUGUGAUUGUACUUAGGGUGUUGAGUCGUGAAGAAAUUCAAGCUUACGCUACUGCUACUCAACAAAUUCGAGGUAUGUUCUUUUGAGAUUUAUAGAUUGAGUAAAUGGCUAAUCAUUUUUUACAGCUGCUAGAGAAGAAAUAGAAGAAGAAGCAGAUCGUGCUCGUCGUCGUGCAAAACGUGAAAAUCGUGAAAGACGUAAUCGUAAAAGAGAAGAACAUGGUCGAAGUCGUCAUCAUCAUAGCGAAUCUGAUACUUCUGAAUCAUAUGAAGAUGAUAGACCAAGGAUGUUAGAAGCUGCUCCACCUGGAUCUAGUAGACGAGCUACAUUUGGAGAUGAUGCUUUGAUGAGUGGUGGAUAUGGUUCUGAGAGAGAUAGAGUUGAGAUUGGAAGAUGAGGCAUCUGAGAUGAGGCAUUUGAAUGAAGAGAGAUUUUUAAACGAAGAAAUGGAAAUGAGGCACUACAGGGAUUAUUAUUGUCAGCAUUCAGCACUUUAUAUGGCCAUAUCAUAUCACAUCAUUUGCAUUUUCGAAAUUAGCGAUUAGGAUUUCGGGUUUUGAUAGGUUAUACCGAUGGAAAUAGGAAUGGAUUGAGUUGGAAGAAAAAGUGUAAUGAUAUCAGUUGAGGAGAGGAGGGAAAUCGGGGGAUGAUCGAAUAAAUAUCGGUGGGAGAAAUGUGUGUAAGAGAGUGGAAUGUAUAUUAGUAUAUAAGA